CCAUCUCCCAGCAGCCCCCGCGGCGCCGGAAGGGCCGGUUGCCUGGUGAGAGCUGCGUGGGGCCGCUCCGCCUUGUCCGCCCGUUCUUGGCAGCAGCAGAGCCAAAGCCAAGAUGUGUGAAGGGCCUUCCAGGAUCACUGGUCCUAUCCCUCCUGACCCCACACUUUUACGGGACUAUUACAAAUGCCCCCUGUCAGCUCGAGGGAGGUUGGAAGGGAAUGCUCUGAAGCUGGACUUUGUGUCUGGUCCCCUGGCCUCAGAUCCCAGCUUAUACCCCACCUGCUACAGUGCACGCCCUGCUCAGCCUGCCCCGCGCAUCCGCCCCAGUGGUGAGGACAUCCUGGCGAAGGGGCAGAAGGGGACAGUUGGGGUGCUGCUGCAGCUGGAGGGGAUUUUCCUUGACAAGGAAUCACCCCCCAAAAGAAAGGAGUCCAAGAACUAUGAGAAGGAGAAUGUGAGGCGGAUACGGGAGAUCCAGAAGAAAUGCAAAGAGAAAGAGUUGGCCAGGGAGCACAGCCGACCUCAGCCUGUGAAAGCCUUAUGGAAGUCUCAGAAGUAUGAGAAUGUGGGGUCCAAGGUGAAGGCCAAGAUACAGGAGAACUCUCCCCCUCCCAACCCAGAGUCUCAAAAAUUCCUGAGGGCAUAUUCCCGCUGUGGCUCAGGAAUCCAACCACGCCGGUCGCUUUCCCCAAGCCCUUCCAAAACGAGAGCUGUGAUGGGCACUGAGGCUCCAGGAGCACAGAGCAUGGACACCCAGAUCCAGGUGGAAGGCACAAGCAUCGACUUUGUCAGCCACAAUGCCCAGAAUGCCAAGCGGGCUCAGAUGCGGCGCUCUCGCUCUCUGCAGUCAUUGACUGAGGUGCUGGAGCAGAAGCGGCGGGAGCAGGAGGAGUACAACAGCAAGCAGAAGGGCCAUGUCCCCCGCUACCUGCUGCAGAGGAAGGAUCUGUGGCGCAGAGAGACAGAGGAACGGCUGCGAAACCUGCCAGACCCUGACCUGCCUCCUGGCCACACCAUGAUGCCAGAGAGCCAGCGGCUGGAGACCCUUGGGAACCUGAAGCAGACUCAGGCACAGCUGACCAAGGACUUGGUGAUGCUGCCAGUGCGGGCUGACACCCUUGGUGUCCAGAGGAGGCGGUCAGAGCUGGAGAAGAAGCUGUCGCAGAUCGAAGAGGCCCUCAAAAUCUUCUCCCGACCCAAGGUCUUCAUCAAGUUGGACUCGUGAGCAGGGAAGGGGACUUGCAGUCACUCCACUUGCAGGGGGAGGGGAAGGGAAACCAAACUCAGUCCAUGGUUUCAUUUGCUGCAGCAGCAGUUUCUUCUAUGUGGUUCCUCAUUCUGCAACCAGGCCCUGUCCUGGGGAGAGCAAGACUGGCUUGGGAAGCUGGGCCCAUGCAGGUACUAGCACCAUUGGAGUCUUGAAAAUGGAACUAGUGACAGUCAUUUCCACGGCAGUCUCCAGGCCUGUUUGGCACAGAAGACUGGCUCAUCUGCCUUGGAAAGCAGCUGUCCCCAUGCUCCCCUGAGAGCUGCCCUUGCCCACACUCCCUGUGACCCAUCUCCUUCACUUGGAUCGAUGACAUCUGGACAGUGUCAGGAGCAGCUGCUCCUACGCUGCUUGGAGUGUAGCACACCCCGACCCAUCUGCCUUCCUCCUGAGGUAAGGUGAGAGCAGCAGGAAGAUGGGGAGAUGAAGGGCCUUUUAAAGCAGGAGACCAGUUUUUGAGUCUCUCCCAGUGCCUGAUCCUAAUCCUGCAGGAUCUUACCUCUAUCACUGAUGGUAUAAUGGCCUUGCUGUGCCCAAGUGCUGGCUUCUGCCCUUCCCUGCCCCCAGGAUCUGACAGGAGUCCAGGGAAGGCAAGGAGCAAUGCAUCUUGCCUCUGGACUGACACCUCUGGCCCCUGCAGCCCUUUGCCAAAGGGCUGUUCCUUAAUGCAGCUAAUGUCUAGUCCCUUAUAUGAGGCAAACUUAGAGCUGUGUUUGUCAUACCUGCUGAGCAUGCCUGGCAGCAAAGGGGCAGGAAUGAACAGGGGUGAGCUCCUGUCCCCUCUAGCCUGGCAGGGGGGAAGGGAUCUGGCUGUGGGUUGGCCUAGGGAUGGUGGUGGGAGUGUGAAGUGUUGAGGACUUGGAAAGUGGGUUGUUUUUUUUUUUUUUAAAUAAAAAGUUUUUGAAGAUACAGGAUACUGGUGAGAAGGUGGUUGGAGACAGCAGUGCAUAGACAUGUGGAGCCUGGCUGUGGGGAGGGUUCUUGAGGUGGUUCAGUGCCAAAGCUGUGAGGGACCAGAGGGGAAAGCUAUUUUUUCUUUUAAAUUUUUCUUCCAGAAAAUAUUGGCAUUUAAUUUUUUUUUUUGUGAGAAUAGGAAAUGUUCAAAUUUGUCUGCGCCUCAAUUUCAGAAUCCCACCAUGUGAUUAAGGCAACUAAUUGGAAGGGAAGGUGGAAAAUCCGGCCCCCAAGCCAGAAUAAAAAUGAGAUUUGGCCCCAAAAGUAGGAUUUUGAGAGAAUUCACAAUGCUUGUGCCUAUAUUUCCAGUUUUGGAAAACACCCAAGGCUCCUGCCUCUUGUUGGAGACCAGUUCCUGUGACCAGCUCCUGCGUUGAGAUAGAUGGAGCUGAACUGUGAAAGGGAUUAGCCUUUUACAUAGUAAGAAUGUGGGUGUGGGAGCCCAAGGGUGGUUCCAUGUUGGCACAGGUCAAUCCCUGCUGGGCCUGGUGUGAUCAUGGUCAUGGAAAACAAAAGAUUUCAAUCCUACUCAAAGGGAAACUCAAGACAUGCUUCCAACAACAUGCCUGUGCUUUGUUCCUGGUGCAUGCACCGUUUCGGAAGUCCUUGGGGAUCUGUGAAAAGCAGCUGGUACUUGGUAUCUUGGAGGUGCAAUCAGAGGUAUGAUUGCAGCAGAAGUGAGCAUCCCCCAGUUGUUGUUCAUUUAGCUGGCUGGGGUAGCCUUAGUAGUGAGGAUGCAGGGGCAUGGGCUUCAGCAUGGAUGGCUUCAGUGGGCUCGUGCAGUCACUGCUGAAGUCUGAGCUGCUGUGUUUUCGUUAGUAUUGGUUAGGUUAAGGCUAGCAUGGGUGUGCCUUUCCGGCUGCACUGAGAGUCCCACAGGGCAUUUCAGCACAGCUGGUACCUGCUGGCCUUGCCAAUGGCUAGGGCACAUUGGUAGGUAACAACAGGAGGGGUAGAGGGGUGACAGUACCAGGGAUUAGCAGCUGCCUUGUGCUGUGCUAGGCUCCAGUUUGCUGCAACUCUGCAUCAGGAUUUGUCAGUACACAUAAGCCUUCUUGAAAUAUGAUAAGCAUUAUCCUGCCUUUAUGCUAGGAGUCCUCGCUGUCUUGAUCAAAACCCUCUGUGAGCAGCAGGGUCAACUGGAUUCUAGGAUCAGGGCCUUUGACUGGGGCUGGCACAGCUAUGGAGGCCCUUCUGAGUGCUGCCCACAGGGCACUGACUCCAUCACAAUAAUAAGCAGCAAAGGCCACCACCUGGAAGGACAAGAGAUGCUACCACCUUGCAGUGUCCCAGCCUCACACCGGGCUUGUGGUAGCCACUACUUAUAGCUGUGGCAUGUGAUGUAGGCAUGAUGUGGAGCCUGACCUGGGCUUCCACUGCAUUCCCCUGUGGAAAGGGAUGGGCUGCCCUGCAGGAGGGGUUGGUAGGAUCCUAUGACAGGGUAAGUCGAAGUUAUGAGUGACAAAGCAAAAUCAAACCCUAGAUCAGGCCAGUGCCUUAAGUGCCCAUCUGUGCUUCAGUGAUGACUAGGGGGAAGAGGAAUGUAUGAAAAUAACAGGUGAUUUCUGAUUCCUGCCGAUUCUUUAGUCCUGCCCAUGCAUCCUACUGUUAGGCAAAUCCUGUAAUAGAGCCACCACUUGGUCCACCAAGGUGUGUGCCACUUCAAGGCCCAACGACUCGAUACCAAGGCAGAGUGGUGGUGGCGGAGGAAGAAGGAGACCAACCCGGGGCUGCGAAUCCCACUCCCCCGUGCAACAACAUGCCCCCGUUACUGAAGAACCUGUGCAUCCGGAAUCAGGCUCCUCAGUCACCUGAGGACUCGAGCCUGACGGACGUCAUCCUUGACUUUGAGGGGCUGCCGCUGCCGUGUGGCUCCUGGCUGUUCUAGUCCUGGGAGCCCCUUGGCAGACCCAUUGUUGACGAACAAGAAUGGAGUCCUACAAGUUCUCAGGACCAAAAGUGCCUCAACGCUCCUCUGAAAAUCCAGACUCAUAGGGGAAGGGAGAUGACUACACUGGGGCCUGAGAUUCCCCCAACCCCUUUUCCUGCAGAGUAGAGCCAGCUGUGGCUGAGAAGGGUCAGUGCCUUUGCCUGUUGCUGCUUCCUCCUCAUAACCAGACACCUGAGUAUUGUUAAUGAUCUGACUUGCCUGCUACUGGGAUAAACCAAGCCUGGAUUAACCAGAUUUGCUUCUGGCGUCUGUGGGGGAAUUGCCUGCCUGUAUCUGGUGCCUAUUCCCUGCCUGUGUGCAGUACAGAGCUGGUUUCUCUAGCUAUCGGGACUGGUUGUUGCAGAACAGGAUUGAUGGUACCAGCUGGCUGCAACCUUUCUGGGAAAUGCAGGCAGGACAGGGACCUGGGUAGCUCAUGUUGCACCCAGUA